AUGUCCGGAUCAAGAACACGAAAAUUCAGCGGCGAGGAGAAGUCCCAGGUGCUCGCAAACCUCGACCUCGAAGUGGCGCACAAGACGCGCCAGUUCGAGGACUGGCUCGCAGACACGCUCGAGAACUUCCGGCGGCACCAGGAGAGCCUGAUCCUGCGCAUGCCGCGCGCGGUGCGGGGCGUGACGAUGCGGGACUUUGCGCGCUUCGGCGGGGACGUGCAGGCGGCGCUCAAGGGCCUCAUGCGCGAGCAGCUCGGCACGGAGGACGCGACGAUCGACAUGGGCACGCGGAAGCGGAAGUGGGUCGAGAGCCAGGAGGCGGAGGAGAAGGCGGCGAAGGAGGGCGACGCGCGGAAGGCGAAGGCGGCACGGACUGUUGCGGCGACGCCGAAGAAAUCUACGUCUCAGUCUGCUGCUCCGGCCUUUGGUACGGCGCAGAAGUCAAGAUUACCGAUUACGAAGACCCCAGCAAAGACGCGUACGGCUUCCCGUGUCCCCUCGAACGCAGUAUCCCCCAGUCCACAGAAAGGCACAUCGAAACCCUUGCCAUAUCCUCGCACACCCUCCCGUUUCCAGUCUCCCUCGAGGCCCAGCAACCGCACAGGCACCGCCCCAGGCAGCCGUGUACCGUCGUCCUCAACAUUCAAUCCCGUCAUCCCCGGAGAGGCCGCCCACCCUCGCUGGCCGCGCCAGAACGAGCACAUGCUGUCCGUGAACGGCUCGCCUCUCGCGAACCCGUACGAGCUCGACUUGAACAACUGGUUCAGCGCCAUCGUCAACGGGGACGAGCCCGAGGGCGGGGCUCGUGGCGACACCAGCAAGAAGACGGCGGGCGCACGGACGCUGAAGACGCAGCGGAGCAUCCUCAUUCGCACCGCGUCCGGCUCGUCGUCGCUGCAGGCCGGCUCGUCGUCUUUCGGCAGCCACUCGCGCUCGACGUCGCGCGCGAGCACGCUCGUCGGCUCGCAGUCGGAGUCGUCGCAGCCAAAGGACGGUGGCGCACGCAAGGGGAGUAUCGCGAGCGAGCAGACCGCGGACGACCCGUUCGCCGCCCCACCGGUGUUCGCCGCGCUGGUCUCGGUGCAGACCAAAGACGGGCAUGUGCUCGAGUUCAACCCGCUGCAGACGUCGCCGGAGGAGCUCGACGCGCUCGAGGGGAUUACGGACAGCGCGAAGAAGCAGGCGAAAGUGGACAUGGGGCGGAUGGUGCAGAUGGCCGUCGAACGGUGGAAGCUGAGCUGA